AAAUCCCACUCUCAUCAGUACUACGUGAUGGCCUCCGCGAACGUUGUCCUCAGAGCAGAGAAGAGAGCUAUGCGGAAGGCUUUUUCCUCCACUCUGAAAAAUAUUUCUCCUGUAAUCAUUGAGGAGCAAUCAAAGGCUGUUGCAGAUCGUGUACUAGCUCUGGACGCCUUCCGUAAGAGUAAAACAAUCAGCUGCUAUCUCAGCAUGCCAACGAUGGAACUGGACACGUCCACGCUAGUUGAGGAAAUUGUGCGCUCUAACAAAACCCUAUUUGUUCCAAAAAUAUCGCCAGAUGGCAGUAUGGACUUUCUGGAAAUUCAUGGUGCGGAAGAUAUCAAGUCGCUACCAAGUGGCCUAUGGGGCAUUCGAGAACCUGGACCCACCUGGAAUGGGUUCCCGCGAAGAAACGCGACAGACGCGGACUGCGAUAAGUUGGACAUGAUUCUAGUUCCUGGUGUUGCUUUCGACAGGACGCUAUCUCGUCUGGGCCACGGUAAAGGGUAUUAUGAUAAAUAUAUCUCAGGGUAUGAGGCCAGCGGAAGGCCGCGCCCUUUAUUAGUGGCCCUUGCCUUGGAAGAGCAAGUGGUGGACUCAAAUCUACCCGUUGAUGACCACGAUCAGAAAAUGGAUAUGAUUGUCACACCCACGGAGGUUAUCCACUAAUGCAGCGAACGAUCGUCAGUGUUACACCAACGAAGCAUUUGCCCCAUAAAG